AUAUUAUAUACUCAAGGGUCUUUCGAUAUAUAUAUAUAGCUACUAGUUCAUCUUAGUUUCUACCAACAACUCCUCUCAUUAAUCAUCAUGGCUGCCUCACAAAUAGCUGUUAUUGUGCUUCUAGGAUUACUUGUUGCUACCAACAUUGACAUAGCAGGGGCUCAAUUAGGUGUUUGUUAUGGAAUGAUGGGUAACAAUUUGCCAUCACAUUGGGAAGUUAUUCAGCUCUACAAGUCAAGAAACAUAGGAAGAUUGAGGCUUUAUGAUCCAAAUCAUGGAGCUUUACAAGCCUUAAGAGGAUCCAAUAUCGAAGUUAUGCUAGGACUUCCCAAUUCAGAUGUGAAACACAUUGCUUCGGGCAUGGAACAUGCGAAUUGGUGGGUGCAAAAGAACGUUAGAGAUUUCUGGCCAGAUGUUAAAAUUAAGUACAUUGCUGUCGGGAAUGAAAUCAGCCCUGUCACAGGCACAUCUUAUCUUACUUCAUUUCUUAUUCCUGCUAUGGUAAACAUUCAUAAAGCAAUUGGUGCAGCUGGUUUGGGAAAUGACAUUAAGGUUUCAACAUCAGUAGACAUGACAUUGAUUGGAAAUUCCUACCCACCAUCACAGGGUUCGUUUAGGAACGAUGCUAGGUGGUUCACUGAUCCCAUUGUUGGGUUCUUAAGGGACACACGUGCACCUUUGCUCGUUAACAUUUAUCCUUAUUUUAGCUAUUCUGGUAAUCCAGGGCAGAUUUCUCUCCCCUAUGCUCUUUUUACAGCACCUAAUGUGGUGGUAUAUGAUGGUUCACGCCAAUAUAGAAACUUAUUUGAUGCUAUGUUGGAUUCCGUGUAUGCUGCCCUCGAUCGAUCAGGAGGCGGAUCUGUAGGAAUUGUUGUCUCAGAGAGUGGAUGGCCAUCUGCUGGUGCAUUUGGAGCCACAACAGACAAUGCAGCUACUUACUUGAGGGGUUUAAUUCAACAUGUUAGAGAGGGUAGUCCAAGAAAGCCUGGACCGAUUGAGACAUAUAUAUUUGCAAUGUUUGAUGAGAAUAACAAGAAUCCAGAGUUGGAGAAACAUUUUGGAUUAUUUUCCCCCAACAAGCAGCCCAAAUAUAACCUCAAUUUUGGGGUUUCUGAUAGAGUUUGGGAGAUUUCUGCUGAAACUAAUGCUACUGUUUCUCUCGUAAGUGAGAUGUGAAAUCUCUUUACCCAAGUAUUGCUUGGAUGGAAAGCUUAGUACCAGCAACGGAAUUUAUUCUUUGUCAAAUUAUCUUUGUAUGCGACACUAAAUAAAAUUGCUGUCUUGCAAGUCCUCAUGUAUUGUUAACCAAGAGAUGAUGGAACUUUGAGUGCUUUAGAUUCCUUUUUCUGUUGUGAUAUUUGUAAUUUGGAAAGAAACUUUUUUUAAGUUAGUAAAUUUCGUACACCAUCAGUUACAUUA